UUGAGUUCAAAAAUAUACCGAAAUAAAUGGAAAAUAAUGCGCCGAAACGGUUGGUGUUAACCGACACGAUUGUGUAAGCACGUCAACAAAGUUGACUGAUUGAUCAUCGUGAAAAAUUAUUAAGGUUUCGAGAGCAACGCGCUGUAACACUUUUUGAAGCAACACGGAAUGGGGGCCUUACUCCGCCAUCAUAUUAUUCAACCGGAACAAUCCACCGCCAAUACCACAACAACAACAGUGAAUCCAACAUUAUACCGUUGACCUUAUUGUUGGUUUAUUGCAAAAGUUGUUUCAUCCUUUUCUUCUUCCUGGAAUCGUCCAUCAUUCUGUCGAUUGGUGUAAAUAAGACACUUGGUGAGGACACGGUGCAUAUCGGACGCGUGACAAAAUAACAAGUGGUCUUUGAUGUGCACCUGCCGGCCCGCGCUGUGACACAUUCCCAAUACGACUUACUGCUGGUCUACGUCUUUAUACAGCUGUAUGAUUCACCACCAUGGCUCCGCCUUUUAAAAUUUCAUUAAAUUCUCUAUUGAUUCGUGUACACCAUCACCUAUAUAUCGGGUCGGUCGCUACACAAGUUUCCUUAUGCGUCGCCUCUUUCUGCUAUAAAAACUCGCAGUCGCUAGACAAGCACCAACCAGUCGGCUUGACAUUUUCUUCGCAGUAAAGUAAAGAUGCAGCCUCAGUGGUGUCGUGUGCUUGUGAUUUUGUCAACGGUGCUGAUAACUGUCACUGCCAAUAAUACACUUCAGGGUGGAGGGAUGAGAUUGUCACGAAAUCUCAUACCUCGUCACUACACGCUCCGGUUGCUGCCACACGUCCUCGACGAGAGCGAAAACGCCAUCAUUGACGGUUUCGUUCAAAUCGACGUCCGCUGCACUAAAAGUACUCGGCAGAUCGUUUUGAACGCUGAUGAUGUCCGCGUCAACUUGGAAUCCAUCAAAGUGUACGAUCGUGCAUCGAGAGAGCGUUUCUCCGUUGAAAACAUCACGCAAGAUGUUGACAACCAGUUCGUGAUCCUCCACUUGAGACGCAAGACCCUGAUUAAAGGAGCCAAUUACGUGAUUGCCAUGAAUUUCAUCAGUCAACUCAACAGUCAGGAAAAAUCUCGAGGGUUUUACCGCUUAAAGUACACGGAAGCUGGCCAGCCAAGCGUGAUGGCGUUGACUCAAAUGGAACCUGUCGAUGCUCGGAAAGUGUUUCCGUGUUUUGACGAGCCGAAUAUGAAAGCUGAUUUCACCAUUAUCGUCGGCAGACCCGCCAAUAUGAUUUCUGUCAGUAACAUGCCUCUCUACAAAUCGUCACCUGUGGAGGAGAAACCUGGAUACGAAUGGGAUUUUUUCCAUCGAUCCUUUUCCAUGUCGACCUAUUUGGUCUCGAUUGCCAUUUUAGACGGUCCGUCUUGGCUCAGUUUGUCGGACGGUAAUGUCAAAUUGAGACUUUGGGCUCGCCCGUCACUUCUCAAUCAGACAAGGUACUUUUUAAAAGUGGCUAGAAAAAUGCUGGAUUUCUAUCAAAGCUAUUUGGCGCUGGAUUUCCCGCUGCCCAAGCAGGAUUUGAUCGCUGUCCCGAAUAUCGAAACAGCCAUGGAAAACUGGGGCCUCAUGAUUUUCGGAGAGCAAUUCCUAACCUAUGAAAACGGAAUCACGUCAUCGGAUAAAGUAGAAUUCAACACUUUGGCGAUGGCUCACGAAACGGCGCAUCAAUGGUUCGGCAACUUGGUCACCUUGGACUGGUGGGCAGAAUUGUGGUUAAACGAAGGGCUGGCAACUUUUCUAUCUUACGUCGCAGUCGAUCAGGUCUUUCCCGAGUACAAAAUGGAAGAAACAUUCGUCCUUAAUGAGAUGCAAAAAGUGAUGCAAGACGACGCGUCCCUAACUUCUCAUCCCAUUUCUCAGCAAGUCAACCAACCAGAGGAAAUCAUUUCGGUUUUCGAUGCAAUUUCGUACAAGAAAGGCGCAUCCAUUUUACGGAUGUUGAACGAGUUUCUCGGUCACAAGACUUUCAAACAAGGACUAACGCGUUAUCUAAAAAAGCUAGAAUACGGGAACGCCGUCCAGGACGAUUUAUGGGCAGCGUUUACUCGGCAGGCGGCCAUCAACAAAGUGAAACUCCCCUACGAUAUCAAGUUCAUUAUGCAAACGUGGACGCAUAACGUGGGAUAUCCAGUCGUGACAAUCGCCCGCAAUUAUUCGGCUCGAACGGCCACUGCAUCGCAGUCACGUUUUCUGGUUUACCCAGGCAAAAAUUUCUCCCAGGACGAGAACGACCUUUGGGUAAUUCCUCUCACUUUUAUUACGCCAUUAUCGAAAGAAACAAAACUGAGGUGGUUGCCACCGUCGAGCCGCGCUGAGAACAUGACGGAUUUAAAUGUUGAUGCCGACCAGUGGCUUAUCUCCAAUGUGAAUCGUUCAGGAUUUUACCGAGUGAAUUACGACGAGCGCAACUGGAACUUAAUCUGGGCUCAAUUACUUCACGACCCAAAACAAAUCCCCACCAUCAGCCGGGCUGAACUGAUCGACGAUGCGUUUCAUUUAGCAAGAGCUGACCUCUUGCCGUACCGAACGGCACUAAACUUGGCCAAUUAUUUGAGAAAGGAAACGGAAUAUUUGCCGUGGAGAUCGGCUUUCGACGUCUUCCAAUACAUCGACGCCAUGUUGACUCGCAUGCCGUCGACCUACGAAGCUUUCAAGCAAUUCAUCGUCGGAAUUCUUGCACCUUUGUACGAACAAUUGACAGUUAUUGGCCAGACUGACGGCGACGAUUUAACGACUCUGCGACUUCUUUCGGAAGCGACUAAAUGGGCUUGUCGUUGGGAUCAAAAAGAUUGCGUCGAAAUGGCGUUGGUCGUUUAUCGGGAGUGGAUGGCACGACCAAACGACCCGGAAGUGAUAGUCCCGGCCGAUUUGAAAAGGGUAAUCACUUGCACGGCAGUACGUCAUUUGAACUGGACUGAAUGGCAAUUCGCUUGGACCAAAUUUCAAGAGUCCAACAUUCAAACAGAAAAGAGCGAUUUGUUGAACGGAAUGGCUUGCACAACCAACACUUCUCUACUUUCAACAAUGUUGGACUGGACGCUGUCCUCUUCGAAUGAGGAAAAUAUUUACUUCCACGGUGUCAUAAAGAGCAUCGCAUCCGAGUCCUUGGUGGGCAGAGAUCUCGCCUUUAACUUUCUAAAAUCUCAUUGGGGUGCGCUAAAACAAAGAUAUAACGGAAGACCUGACUCUGCAUUGGAGGGUGUCACUUCAUCUUUCAAUAAUUUAUCCGAUUUGGAAAAGUUGGAAUCUUUCCAAAGCGAAAAUGGAGAAGAGGAUUUAAUCUCUUACCUUAACGGAAUCACCGAAGCCAAUGUCCUGUGGAUGGCAAAGCACUACCAAUCCAUCGAUGAGUGGCUGCAUCAGUUGUUGGUUUAACCUAUUUUUAAAAUAAUUUAUUGUGAGCUGUUAAAUUAUAAGCGUUGUUGAUUUAAGAAAAUACAAUUUGAGACACUAAUUUCGUUAAAUAAUCAAGGUAAAACGGAUGUGAAACAGAUUACCUGGAGAAUGAAUUCCCUAGUCCAAAGGGUCCAAGAAAUUGCUGCAUCACUCAUGACGCAAUGCAGACAGAUGAAAGUGUUAUCUCACCGGAUGCCAAAAUCCUUGAAGGUCAGCCAACAGACACAGAGACGUGUAGCACAUCAUCCAUGCAGUGUUUAAAAGUACUGGUAUAAUUGAAAUAUAGUUUAUUUAUUAACCUCAGGGAGACAAAAAGGGAAUCAAGAGACUGAUGUGAUGGCAUGACAAAAUCAUAAUGGGAAAAUCCAGAAAAAUGGAAAAA